UUCACUUCCAUUCGUUCCUAUACGUUAUCACCGGUGCAUUUUUCUCCGCUUCUUUUCCUAUUGUUUUUUUUUCAUCCUGUAUCAAAUUCCUUUAUUGGGAAAACGAAGAGAAGGAUAGCUGGAGAUGGAGAGGGAGGGAAGUGUCAUGUCACAGUGAAUGCAGCGGUGGUAGUGGUGGUGGUGGUCAUCCUUCCACCUUGCUGUUACACCACAUGACCGCCACAAUUCCGAGCCUGGAUGGUGGUAAAGGGAUUUCCUGAAAGAUCACCAUGUGGAGCUUUGAGGGAGAUUACCGUAGGAAGCCUCAGCAGAGGCUGGGUGGGGCAAGCAAGACCCGCAACAUUGAACGUUCAGACCUCCUCAACCAGCUGAAGGCGGACCGGGAGGAACGGGAGAGACAAAGACGCAGAGAAGCAGCUGCAGUGACGCUGCAGGCCUGGGCUCGAGGUGUGUUGAGCCAGCGCCGCACCAAGCUUGACCUGCGCCACCAGUAUGACUCCUACUUGGCACUCACCAAAGCACAGGGGAUAUCGGAAGGCUCAGCCAUCAGACUGAUUGCCUUGCUGAUCAGGAUAUUUCACCCCCAGGAAGACAGUGAUAGAUUGCUUGCUGUCUGUCAGCUGGUGAUAAGGGAACAGAAGCAGCUGGCUGAGUGGGUAUGUGGCUCGUGUGAACGAUGGACAUACUUGUUGCCGCGUCUGGCUAACAUGGCACUCAUGGUCAUCACACACCCUGUGCAAGGUGAAGGUGACAACCCUGUGUCACACGCUGGACCCCUGCGCCUUCUGGAGAUUGUCCUGGCACCAGACUCGUGGUCCACCAGGCUAUCUCCAUCCCACCAGCACCUCUUCCUCUCUGCAGUGUACUCACAUCUCAUCAAUAAAGGUUUCUACCACCAAAUUGUUCAGCUGCUAAUUACUCGUGUUCCUGAGGUGUAUGAAUCCUCCCAGGAGCCACCCACCCCCCUGGCUGAUGCUCUGCUGCAUCUCCUGCUGAAGCCUCUCACCUUUGCCAGCAGCAUGACAGACACAAUGCUCCUGUAUUGCGUGUUGGCAGAGAUGUGUCAGCAUGUAUUGGGUGAAGCAGUCCACAGCCAGAUCUCUAAUUACAUCAUCCCCUGUUUGGCCUCCAACACAAAAUACAAGUUGCCCAUGGACAGGAUGGUGGCUGUGCUGGUCACCCACUCUCUCAAGUUCAUGGAUACUUGUCCAGCUCCCGCCCUCCUGUACUCUCUCCUCAUGCUUGUACGCUCUGGUGCUGAUUUUCAAGAUGUUACCUCUCUUUGCAAUUACUUACAAGCCAUUGGAGAACUGCUGGGAGGAACCACAUCCUACCUGACCUGCAGUGAUGCAGAGGUGGACUCUGAUGAUGAGGAGGAAGACACAAUGGACUCCUCAAAGCCUCUCAAUCCAGUUUUAUGUAAGCUUGCAGAGGAGUGUGUGUCAGUGGUGAACAGCACUGAGCAUGUUGGGUGGCUGCUCAGUCAGGUGGAGCGGUAUGUGUCUCCCGAGGUGUUGCUUCAUUUCUCCCGUCUCACACACCACCUCCUCACCGCUCCAUCCCUGCAGCUCCAUCAGUGCAGGCUGCUGUACAGUGUGGUGGUGCGACGGCAGCUGUUGCGGUCCAUGUGGGUAGUGCUCUCCAGCCUGCAACAGGGGGCACCUCUUCCAGGCAGUGUCACAAACUCUCACCCGGCAUUUGGAGUGCGAGGUACUCCACUGUUGCAGGUUCUAGCACGAGGGUCUCCUCUAGCCCCAUACGAGCGGGACACACUGGUGCCCCUCCUGGCCACCUUCUGUGCCACACUCACAGCUGUCCUCUCCACACUCCAUGAUGCAGAAUUCCUUGGACAAUCUGAUGAGGCUCAAGAGGUAUAUUUACAAAAGCCCACACAAAGCCAGUUCCCAUUCUCUGUGGAUGAACUUGUGAAGAUGUCAGCCAGCCUGCGGGACGUGUGUGUGGGGCUGGUGGAGCUGGCUCACCCAGACACACGCAUGUCAGCCAUCACUGACACCUCCUACACCUCCAUGUGGGCACACUGCUUUAAGGUGUGUGUUGGAGUGGUGCGGCAGAUACACCUGCGGGACACCAGGAGGAUGUUCUGUCCCAGCGGCCACUGGCUCAGCUCCCGAGUCACCCUGCCACUGAACAACUGUCAGACAGUGUCCUUCAUACCACGCACUAACAGGAGACAGAGGAGGCUUUUUAUGCCACAGAGGCUGCUUACAAGGAACGAAUUAGAAACGGAGGGUCCUCCACUGUCUGUCACUGAUGAACGGAGAGGUACCAUUCUGAGAGAAAUUCCCUUUGUCAUUCCCUUCGAGUCCCGGACGCAAGUGUUCAGCAGGUUGGUGGGAAUUGACCGCAGCAUCAGUCAGAUGGGGGCAGAGUUUAAUGAGAGGCCUGUGAUUAAUGUUGCCAUCAGGAGAAGUCACCUCUAUGAAGAUGCUUUUGAAAAAAUAUCACCUAAUAAUGAGCCCAACCUGCGGCUGCGCAUGAAGGUCCGCCUGAUGAAUGCAGUGGGCCUCAAUGAAGUGGGCAUUGACGGAGGUGGAAUAUUCCGCGAGUUUUUGUCUGAACUUCUUAAGACUGCCUUUGACCCUACAAGAGGCUUCUUCUUGUUGACCCUGGACAACACUCUCUACCCCAACCCAGGGGCACAUCUCAUUGCAGAGAACUACCAGACCCACUACUACUUUAUUGGGAGGAUGUUAGGCAAGGCACUGUAUGAAAACCUGCUGGUGGAAGUACCACUGGCAGGAUUCUUCCUCUCCAAGCUGCUAGGUCGGUCCUCUUCCUCGGCUGAGAUUCACCACUUGGAUUCUCUGGAUCCAGAGUUGUGCCGCAACCUGCUCUCCCUCAAGACCUACCAAGGGGACGUGCAGGACUUGGGGCUGGACUUCACGGUCCUCAACUCAAACCUGGGACAGAAUACAAUUGAGGAGUUGAUCCCCAAUGGCACUAACAUCCCUGUAAACAAUGAAAACCGCAUUGAGUACAUUUAUCGUAUGGCUGAUUACAAGUUAAACAAGCAGAUUGCAAAGCAGAGUCAAGCUUUCAAAAAAGGCGUGGUAGACGUUGUUCCCCUGGAAUGGCUUCAGAUGUUUGAUUGGCGAGAACUUCAGAUGUUGAUAUCUGGUGCUUCUGUUCCUAUUGACCUUGAAGACUUGAUGGAUAACACCAGAUAUGGCGGAAUCUACAGCACUGAAAAUACAACAAUACAAGCCUUUUGGCAAGUCCUUAGAGAAUUCAGUGAAACACAAAAACGUCAACUUCUGAAAUUUGUCACCAGCUGUUCUAGGCCUCCACUCCUGGGAUUCAAGGAACUGCAGCCACCAUUCUGUAUCCAGCCAUCAGGAUCAGAGGAUCGUCUUCCUACUGCUUCCACAUGCAUGAACCUCCUCAAGUUGCCAGAGUAUAAAAAUGAGCACACGCUCAGAGAGAAACUUCUUUAUGCCAUUACAUCUGGUUCAGGUUUUGAGCUGUCCUAAAACAUGGUAUUGAUAGCUGCAAGGAAUAUUAAAUUUUUAUUGUGUGGUGUUAGCUCAACUACUGAUAGACAAUGGUCAAUGAGAUCAAAAGUUUUAAUGUGAAUCAAGUCCCAUCAGUUCGAUGAAUUAUGCAACCUGAGGGAAGGAAGCACCCUUACUAUGAGUGAACAAGUUGCUUGCUUAAUAUGUUUGAGUUCCAGGUAAUGAACUGAGUGAUAUUGCUAUUUCCAGCAACAUUUUAGCCCCCAAAAUGAAACUGAAAUAUUCAUAUAUAUACUAGUACUGGUCCUCUCUUAAGCAUAUGUGUUAUUACCAUUAUAUGAAAACUAACUUAUUUCUAGAGUUUGGACAAUAUUUUGUGACAUACAGUAAUCCAAACCUCAUAGUUGAAAAAAGAAAUCUACUUCCAAGUGCAUGCAUGUGUGCAUACACACACACACACACACACACACACACACCUUUCAAUAUAUGCAUUAGUAAAACCAUCCCUUGGUUUGUGUUCAACUCUAAUUGGUCUUAUGUUCUCACCUUUAAUAGUAGCUCAUAUUAUGUUGCUCAGUGUUCCUCAAACCACAAAAUUACACUGGUCACCAAUUAUUUUAUUACUAAAGAUAGAAUUUGUAAUUUGGGGACUAUAAUCUUAAAAAUUGUUUUUCUAAGUCAGCUACAGUUUCUCAAAUAAUGGAUACUCCUCAUAUAGGAAAAUUCAGUGUCACUUGGCCUUCACUUCUAAAUAUUUUGUUGCUGAACAGAUGUUUAAAGGUCAUAACUGAUAUUUAAUCUUUAACAUAUCGAUUUCAUGGAAGACGAUAAGGCAGGGAAUUAAUGGUCAAGCAUAGUGUAGCCACAAUCACAAUUAUGGGAACUCAAAAGAAUCUCUCUCUCUCUCUCUCUCUCUCUCUCAGUAAAAACCUUCACUCGUGUAGUAAAAAGUCUUCACCUUCAACUUCAUGAAACGCUCUACUAGCUCAUCCUUCCAUUUUUUAAGCAGCCUUCCUCUCCUACUACAGUUCUCAAUUUCACAAGCAUACAUGACUUUCAUUCCCUUUUCAUUCUCUUAAUAUAGCAAAAUUUAAUUCAACCACUCCACUCUAAACCUCAUUUACACACUUCCAUAUAUAUAUAUAUAUAUAUAUAUAUAUAUAUAUAUAUAUAUAUAUAUAUAUAUAUAUAUAUAUAUAUAUAUAUAUAUAUAUAUUCCUCUCCUCCCUUCUUUUCACUCAACAUGUCCUGUACAAACACCUGAUCUCCAAAACAAGUAUUUUGGGCUAGUGGACAUUAUUUCACAUCUAAAAAAUAUUUGUAUUCUAAUUCCAUGGACACAUUCCUCCUAUUUGUGAUUCUUUCAAGUGGUCCUAUGAUGCACUACCUUUCACAAGCCCCUCUCAUUUCAUCUCCCAAUAUUUUUAUAAUACUGGUCUCAUUUAUACAACAAAUAAAAUGGAAAAGAUUACUUUUUGAGAUAAAAGUAAGAUCUUAGUAAAUAAAAAAAAAUCAUGCAUUUGACUUAAAGGAGUAAAUAAAAAAAAAAAAAACAUGCAUUUAAUGAAAGAGACCAAGACUUUCAAAUGGAGAGGAGACGUGUGUAAGAGGAGUGUGUGGGCUGGCAAGACAUAUAAUCAGAGUGCUCUGUGGAUAUGUCUCAAUUUUUGCAAAGGUAAUACAUUGCUAGUUGGCUGAGUGGAAAUGUGUGGCUCAUUGAGGUAAUUCAGACAUAUGGGAAUGAAAAAUUCAUUUAUGAAGGGAACUGCAAAUGAAACUGGAACAUGCCAACAGUAUAAUGGAUACAAUAAUGGGGCGAGUACUGGAGGGAGAGGGAUGGAAGGUAGUUUUGAUCACACACUCAGGGUAAGCUGCAAAAAAAAAAAAAAAAAAAUGGAAAGAUCAACACAUUCUGCUGUGGCCACCCUACAUAGGAAAAUCCUCACAAGGAGACAAUACAUUGAAGAUGCAGAUGCAUACACAAGCAUUAUGGCACAUUCAACAGCCAUGAGAGAGUAUUCAUUAUAUUGAAAACUUGAGCCCAAUUUAGUCUUAUUCUUAUUACUGUAAUUCUUUUAGAUUCAACAACAGCUAAAACACUACAUUCUGUUAAAUGCCUUUGGUAAAUACCCUUGGCAGGUAUAACUUUUUUUUCCUGUAAUUCAUAAUUUUUGAAAGGCACUUUGUUUAUAUGUGUCAACUUACUGCUAGGGCAGUUUCUACAGUUGCUAUCCUUGAGAUUGGAUAUUUUUAUAUCAAGUGGAAAUAUAAAAGCUAAAACACACAGCUUCAUUUCCUCAGGUCUAACCAUGCAUCAAGCAAAUAAAAUAAAAUAAAAUUAAAAAAUAAAACCAUGUUAAGUAAAUAUAUAGCAAAGAAUGAUCAGGUCAGCCUUUCCAAAAAGUUAAACUAUUUUUCAAGUAUAAUCUUUAGCUGCCUCCAUAUUGAGAGCUAACGCUUUUUCAUUGAAAGUGUUUCUCAUCGUUGAAUUUUUUCACUUCACUGGGGAGUAUCCAUUUUUCAUUUUGCUGUGUUGAUUUUCAGUAACCAAAAGUUAUUAUUUAUUUUCUUUCCUAAAGGUCUCCAACAUAUAAUGUGCAGGUCACACCAGUCUUAUUUUAUACAAAGUCUGUGAUAGGGAAUCUUACUUUACUUUACUAUUACAUUCUGUAACUCUCCUUCACCGUCUCAUGCUCAAAACAAAUUAUAUUCAUGUGCACACACACACACACACACACACACACACACACACACACACACACACACACACACACACACACACACUGAGUUUCAUUCUAUUUUUUCUAUUUGAAAAUGAAUUAAAGCUAAAAAAAUCCUGGCUACCCUGUGUGUACAUACAUAUAUAUGUGCAGUCUCUUUUUUUUUUCCCUGAAAUGCUACUCUGUACAUGCCCAAGAUUACAAGAUUAUGCAAUGAUCAUACAAAGUUUGGUGAAUUUGUGUUUCUCUGUCUUAGCAAGGCAGGUUGUAAGUGCAACACUGCAAGAAAAAUGUAGGUCAGUACUGAUAUUCUAAAAUGCUGCAGACAUCUUAAGUUUCAAUAGUUCUUUCAUUUAUACCAAAACUUUAACCUUUAUAUGUUCUUUUGUAAUCUUUAUCUCAAAUAUCUAUUUAUUUGCUUACAUUAUGUUUGCAAGGGACAGCAUUGUAAGAUAAUGAAAAGGAUAAAUACUGCAUAACAUUAAAAUGCAUAUCCAUUCAAAGGAUUAGAUAAGGAUUUGGUUUUACUGCAGAUGUGCAAGUUUCCUGUACAUAUGAAUAUAUUACUGUAUGUAAGUAAAAUAUGAUCACAAUAUAUAAUU